AUGAGCAGCCGGGUGCUUGUGUCUCGCACCCCCACCCGCCCAAUGACAGAGACUGAGGUCGGGCAGGCGGGCACCUCCAUUCAAAGAGGUGUCCGGGGUGGGGAGGGCAGGCUUUUGUCUUUUUUACAGCUGAAUUGUCGACGGAGUGAGACGACAUGGGCGCUGACACAUCAAGAGAUCGUCGACAAGGGUUCGGCUGUGGACGUCCUGCUCAUCCAGGAUCCACCUCGGUCGGUGGCCUUGGGGCGGACGGGCCUCCCAGGAUUCCGGCUGGUGGUGGCGCGGGGCACUGACUCUACGCACCCCCUUGCGGCGAUCCUGCUCAGGGAUUCCAUGAGGUUCAAGACGGUCCAACCUUUUGGACCCAGGAUCGCUGCAGCCGAGCUCUUGGGGCCUUCUGGGUCUACGGUGAUCGUCUCUGCCUACAUCCGUCACACGUGGGGGGAGGGUUUGGAGGAGCUACGCCGGGCGGUGGUCUGGGCACAGAGCCGCUCCCCCCGCAUGGUGCUUGGCAUGGACGCCAACGGUCACAGCCCUUUUUGGGGGCCGGAGGAUGUCCGCACCAACGCGGUGGGGCAGGCCGUGGAGGAGCUUAUCAUGCUUCACAAUCUGGAGGUGAUCAACGACCCAGACGCCCCGCCUUCAUUCGUGUCUGACCGGGGGGACAAGUCCUGGAUCGAUGUCACUCUGGCUACCCGCAGUGCUGCUUCGGGCUUGGCGGAUUGGCGAGUGGAUCAGGAUUUUUUCUCUGGUUCUGAUCACCGCGCCAUACGCUUCUCCGUGGCCCACUCCCCCAUCAGCAACCGUGUUUACAGGUGCAAGGACUGGAGUGGGGUGGAUUGGCCCCAAUUCAGUGCGGCGGUGGCUCGGGAAUGCAGGGCACGGGGAGUUCAGCGGGCGUCCGACCACGAUGGCAGCACUGAUGCGCGGUCGUCGUCGAGGGAGGAGAUUCGGGAGGAGGCUGACAGACUGACGACGAUCCUCACAGAGGUGCUGCAGGGUGCCAUCGAGGAGCAUGUCCCAGAGAAGAGGGUCUGCUGGGCGUCCAAGCCUUGGUGGAGCCCUCACCUCACAGAAUUGCGACGACGUAUGAAACACCUCAGGAACAGGGCGGACCGGCUUGACACUGACCACGACAGGGGACUAUACUGCCGGGCUUGCAAGGAAUUUACUCGGGAGGUUAAGAAGCGGAUCCUCAAGCCCCGCAGAAGGAUUCAGGUGGCAGAUCUCCAGACGGACGAAGAGCAGUGGGCGGUUGAGGACUCAGACAAGGCCAGCGUGCUCCAGGCACGCUUCUUCCCUAGGGCCCCGUCUUCGCAGGAGUUCAGAGACCGGACUGCGACUAGGAGAGCGGAGAUUGACGCAUGGCUGGCGACGGAGUGGGGGGAUUUUCCUCUGAUCCAGGAGUCUGAGGUCCGGAGGCGGAUCCUUGAGAUGAGGGCGGUCAGCGCGCCGGGAGCGGACGGCAUCCUGGCCAAGUGUCUUCAGGAGUGCAGCGACAGCAUCACUCCAGUGCUUCAAGCCAUUUUUAAUGGCCUGAUUCGCUCGGACGAUGUUCUCAUUUGGGACAUUGUCUCGUCGACUGAGGGCACGCCGGGCAGGGUGCAGGCUGCAUUGGACUUCAUCGCAGAUUGGAGCGAGGAAUGGGGCCUGAUCUUCGACGCGGCCAAGUGCAAGGCUCUGGACGUCACCCUGCGGAGGAGGGUGGAGCCGAUACACUUGACUAUGGGCGGCCGGACCAUUCCCAAGGUGGAUGAGAUUAAAUACCUGGGAGUCUGGAUCGAUAGCAGGCUGACCUGGCGGAAGCACCUGGAGGUCACCUGCAAUGCUUGCCUUCAACGUCUUCGAGUCAUCAGGAAGCUCUGUGCUACACAUUGGGGCCUGCACCCGACGGUUGUCUCCACUUUAGUGGGGGCAACGGUUUUUCCUCGUCUCUGGUACGGGGCAGUGGCGUGGGGCAGUGUGGUCAGGACGCAGGCCAGGCUGGACAUGCUGGACAGGGUUCUUUGGAUGUCUGCGAUCAUCACCCUUGGCCUUCUCAGGACUACGAGCACGGUGAAGGCCAUCGCGGCGUGUGGGUGGCUUCCCGCUGAUCUUCACAUCCGAUACGUCAUCCUUCAAUUCGUGCUCAGGCAGCGGGUGUAUGGCCGGACUUCCUUAGGCAUUGAAGAUGACGACGGGGGAUGCAGCCGCACCCCACGGUGCUCCACAGCGGCCUUGGCGAGGAGGGAGCUGAGGGCCCUCAGGCGUGCGCACCCCCAGGUGGUUGAGGGUUUAGAGAGGGUGGACCGCGCAUGUUUUUGGAUCCGCCCCCCUUGGGAGGCCCCUCCCCAGAUCCCCUGCGACUUCCUCGCCAGAGAUGAGGCGCAGGAUCGCAUCGACAGCUGCAUGGAGGCUGGCGGGGGAGUGUGCAUCUUCACUGACGGAUCAGUCAUGGAGGGGGGGGGGAAUGGGGCGGCUGCGGUGUUCUUCCGGGAUGAUCAUGACGAGCUUCCUGCUACACAUCCAUCUCACACCCUCCUCCUCCCCAUGGGCCCGCUCCUCGCCAGUACUGAUACGGAGGUAGGGGGCAUUCAGGGGGCUCUCCGGCAGCUACAGUCGACGCCUUCCCCGGGCAGUGCCACCCUCAUCACGGACUCACAGGCUGCACUGCUGGCACUGACCGGUUCUCAUUGGCGACGCUGUCGUGAGUCGGUGUGGACCACUUUGGCGCUUCACCAGGCUCUCUGGGAGGCUGGUAUGCAGGUGCGGUUUUGGUGGGCCCCUGGACAUAGUGGGGUGGCUGGGAAUGAGCUGGCGGACAGUGCGGCGAGGAGGGCAGCUCAGGGCGACAGUCCUUCUCCGCUUGUGGACACGUGGUGUAACAAGCGCCAGCUGGAGCGGGAGAUUUGCCGGUGGUACCAAGACACGGCUAGGAGGCAGGAGAGGACCUUGGACGGGACGGUCCUGGACUCCACCGAGGAUGUGGUCUUCCGUUCUCAUCUCCGCUGGACCCGCGCCCUGCCCUCGCGAUACGCUGUGGCAUUGGUUGCGCAGUUCUUGACAGGACACUACCCUACACGCGUCUACUUGGCACGGUUUCGUCUGACGGACUCGCCCUUCUGCGACGAGUGUGGGUGCCCAGACUCCAGGGCGCAUCUCCUUCUUGACUGCACCCGUUUCAGCUACCUUCGAGAGAGCCUCACAUCUUGGCUUCGCGAGGAGUGGAGCGGCCGGACGCGACAGGCUGGGGAGGCUUGCCCGGGGUGGGAGUGGGAUUUCCUAACGGGAUCCAGCUGGGGCCGGCUCUGGCUUUCCCGCUUCCUUUGCGAGACCAGGAGGAGACACAGGCGAUGGGAUGACCUUGAGGCCACGCUGCACCGGGAGCAGGAGGGACGGGCGGCCCUGGGACGAGCUGGGGCGGUCGACGUGGACGCGGAGGAGGACGAGGACAGCAGUGAGGACGAGGAUGUUGAGGAGGCUUGA